AUGGCUGGCGCAAUGCUGAUCGACCGUGCUCAAUCGCACUCGCUGAAUCGGCAGGAUAUGACCAUCUUUGCGCGCGACCUCGAGGUGGACGAAAACGAUGAGGAACAGAUCCGACAGAAGGAACAGAAAAUUCUCGAACUGGGCGAAACGUACAAGAAAGAAGGCAAGGCCAAGGAGCUAGCCGAUCUGAUAAAAGUGACCCGUCCGUUCCUGAGCUUCCUGAGCAAGGCGAAAGCAGCUAAACUGGUACGUUCGCUGGUGGAUCUGUUCCUGGACCUGGAAGCCGAAACCGGCAUUGAGGUGCAGCUGUGUAAGGAAUGCAUCGAGUGGGCGAAGCAGGAAAAGCGCACCUUCCUCCGGCAGUCGCUUGAGGCUCGACUGAUUGCGCUUUAUUUCGACACGGGUAUGUACACGGAAGCGCUUAAUCUUGGCAGCCAGCUGCUAAAGGAACUGAAGAAACUGGACGACAAAAAUCUGCUCGUCGAGGUACAGCUGCUCGAGAGCAAAACGUAUCACGCACUGAGCAAUUUACCGAAGGCCCGUGCUGCACUCACGUCCGCACGUACCACAGCGAAUGCAAUCUACUGUGCGCCGAAGGUGCAGGCCACGCUCGAUCUCCAAUCGGGAAUUCUACAUGCGGCUGACGAGCGUGAUUUCAAAACCGCCUUCUCGUACUUUUAUGAAGCGUUCGAAGGAUUCGAUUCCGUGCAGAGCAGCAAGGCACUGACCGCCCUGAAGUACAUGCUGCUGUGCAAGAUCAUGCUCGGCCAGUCGGAUGAUGUGAAUCAAAUUGUCAGUGGCAAAUUGGCCAUCACAUACUCUGGACGCGAUAUCGACGCCAUGAAGGCGGUCGCGGAAGCAUCGCACAAACGAUCGCUGGCCGACUUUCAGGAUGCGCUGAAGCAGUACAAGAAGGAACUGGAGGAUGAUGUGAUCGUGAAGGCACAUCUCGGCACACUGUACGAUACGAUGCUCGAGCAGAACCUGUGUCGUAUUAUCGAACCGUACUCGCAAUGCGAGGUAAGCUUCAUCGCGGAACAGAUUGCCCUGCCCAUCGCUCAGGUUGAGAAGAAGCUCUCACAGAUGAUACUGGACAAGAAGUUUAGCGGCAUCCUGGAUCAGGGUAUCGGUGUGUUGAUCGUGUUCGAGGAGACGCCGGUCGACAAAACUUACGAGACUGCACUGGAAACGAUACAGCACAUGGGCAAGGUGGUCGAUACGCUCUACCAGAAGGCGAAGAAGCUGACGUAAAACGUGGU